AAGAUGGCCGGCGGCGGAGGCCGGGCCCCGGCGUGAGCUGAGCGCCGGCUGCAGUCCCGGCCAUGCCCUAGCCCAGUGGUCACUAAGCUCUACCUGACAGAGCCGGCCCGCCGGCGACCCCGGAGACAUGUCUCUACUUUGCGUUGGAGUCAAAAAAGCCAAGUUUGAUGGUGCCCAAGAGAAAUUCAACACGUACGUGACCUUGAAGGUUCAAAAUGUCAAGAGCACGACCAUCGCUGUGCGGGGCAGCCAGCCCAGCUGGGAGCAGGAUUUCAUGUUCGAGAUUAACCGCCUGGAUUUGGGGCUGACAGUGGAGGUGUGGAACAAGGGUCUCAUCUGGGACACAAUGGUGGGCACCGUGUGGAUUCCCCUGCGGACCAUCCGCCAGUCCAACGAAGAGGGCCCUGGAGAGUGGCUGACACUGGACUCUCAGGUCAUCAUGGCAGACAGUGAAAUCUGCGGCACCAAGGACCCCACCUUCCACCGCAUCCUCCUUGACACCCGCUUCGAGUUGCCUUUAGACAUUCCCGAGGAGGAGGCGCGCUACUGGGCCAAGAAGCUGGAGCAGCUGAAUGCCAUGCGGGACCAGGAUGAGUAUUCAUUCCAAGAUGAACAAGACAAGCCUCUCCCUGUCCCCAGCAACCAGUGUUGCAACUGGAAUUAUUUUGGCUGGGGUGAGCAGCAGAAUGAUGACCCUGACAGUGCAGUGGACGAUCGUGACAGUGACUAUCGCAGCGAGACAAGCAACAGCAUCCCACCACCUUAUUACACUACAUCCCAGCCCAAUGCCUCAGUCCACCAGUAUUCUGUCCGUCCACCACCCCUUGGUUCCCGGGAAUCCUACAGUGACUCCAUGCACAGUUAUGAGGAGUUCUCUGAGCCACGGGCCCUCAGCCCCACCGGCAGUAGCCGCUAUGCCUCCUCGGGGGAACUGAGCCAGGGCAGCUCACAGCUGAGCGAGGACUUCGACCCAGACGAGCAGAGUCUGCAGGGCUCCGAGCUGGAGGACGAGCGGGACCGGGACUCCUACCACUCCUGCCACAGCUCGGUCAGCUACCACAAGGACUCGCCGCGCUGGGACCAGGAUGAGGAGGAGCUGGAUGAAGAACUGGACGAGGAGCUGGAUGAGGACCUGGAGGACUUCCUGGAGGAGGAGGAGGAGGAGGAGCUGCCUGAGGAUGAGGAGGAGCUGGAGGAGGAGGAGGAGGAGGAGGAGGUGCCUGAUGACAUCGGUAGCUACACCCAGCGUGAAGAGGUGGCCGUGGCUGAGCCCAAAGACUUUAAGCGUGUCAGCCUCCCACCGGCCGCAUCUGAGAAGGAGGAAAAGGCUCCGGCUGUACCUGCUGAGGCCCACGACGUGGCCAAGGCAGCCCUUGAGCCGGCUUCGCCAGAGGAGGUGCCCACCGCUGAGCCGGCACCUGAGCCGGAACCCCCCAAGUCUGAGGAGAGUUUCAGGCGACGAGAGGAUGAGGAAGGCCAGGAGGGUCAGGACUCCAUGUCCCGGGCCAAGGCCAACUGGCUUCGAGCCUUCAACAAAGUGCGGCUGCAGCUUCAGGAGGCCCGAGGAGAAGGAGAGAUGUCUAAAUCCCUGUGGUUCAAGGGCGGCCCUGGAGGUGGCCUCAUCAUCAUUGACAGCAUGCCAGACAUCCGCAAGAGGAAGCCCAUUCCACUCGUGAGCGACCUGGCCAUGUCCCUGGUCCAGUCCAGAAAAGCAGGCAUCACCUCGGCCUUGGCCUCCAGCACUUUGAACAACGAGGAGUUGAAAAACCACGUUUACAAGAAGACCCUACAAGCCUUAAUCUAUCCCAUCUCCUGCACGACGCCGCACAACUUCGAGGUGUGGACGGCCACCACGCCCACCUACUGCUACGAGUGCGAGGGGCUGCUGUGGGGCAUCGCGCGGCAAGGCAUGCGCUGCACCGAGUGCGGUGUCAAGUGCCACGAGAAGUGCCAGGACCUGCUCAACGCAGAUUGCCUGCAGCGCGCUGCAGAGAAGAGCUCCAAGCACGGGGCGGAGGACCGGACGCAGAACAUCAUCAUGGUGCUCAAGGACCGCAUGAAGAUCCGGGAGCGCAACAAACCUGAGAUCUUCGAGCUCAUCCAGGAGAUCUUCGCCGUGACCAAGACCGCGCAUACGCAGCAGAUGAAGGCGGUCAAGCAGAGCGUGCUGGACGGCACAUCCAAGUGGUCGGCCAAGAUCAGCAUCACUGUGGUCUGUGCCCAGGGCUUGCAGGCGAAGGACAAGACAGGAUCCAGUGACCCCUAUGUCACUGUCCAGGUUGGGAAGACCAAGAAACGGACAAAAACCAUCUAUGGGAACCUGAACCCUGUGUGGGAGGAGAACUUCCACUUUGAAUGUCACAACUCCUCAGACCGAAUCAAGGUGCGUGUCUGGGAUGAGGAUGAUGACAUCAAAUCCCGUGUGAAGCAGCGGUUUAAGAGGGAAUCUGAUGACUUCCUGGGACAGACGAUCAUCGAGGUGCGGACACUCAGCGGCGAGAUGGACGUGUGGUACAACCUGGACAAGCGGACUGACAAAUCCGCUGUAUCAGGUGCAAUCCGGCUACACAUCAGUGUGGAGAUCAAAGGCGAGGAAAAGGUGGCCCCCUACCAUGUCCAGUACACUUGUCUGCAUGAGAACCUGUUCCACUUCGUGACAGAUGUGCAGAACAAUGGGGUUGUGAAGAUCCCAGAUGCCAAGGGUGAUGACGCCUGGAAGGUUUACUAUGAUGAGACAGCCCAGGAAAUUGUGGAUGAAUUUGCCAUGCGAUAUGGCGUAGAGUCCAUCUACCAAGCCAUGACCCACUUUGCCUGCCUCUCCUCCAAGUACAUGUGUCCUGGGGUGCCCGCCGUCAUGAGCACCCUGCUCGCCAACAUCAAUGCCUACUAUGCGCACACCACCGCCUCCACCAACGUGUCCGCAUCUGACCGCUUUGCUGCCUCCAACUUUGGGAAAGAGCGCUUUGUCAAGCUCCUGGACCAGCUGCACAACUCCUUGCGGAUCGACCUCUCCAUGUAUCGGAACAACUUCCCAGCCAGCAGCCCAGAGAGACUCCAGGACCUCAAAUCCACUGUGGACCUUCUCACCAGCAUCACCUUCUUUCGGAUGAAGGUACAAGAACUCCAGAGCCCACCCCGAGCCAGCCAGGUGGUGAAAGACUGUGUGAAAGCCUGCCUCAACUCUACUUAUGAGUACAUCUUCAACAACUGUCAUGAACUCUAUAGUCGGGAGUACCAGACAGACCCGGCCAAGAAGGGAGAAGUUCCCCCAGAAGAGCAGGGACCCAGCAUCAAGAACCUUGACUUCUGGUCCAAGCUGAUUACUCUCAUAGUGUCCAUCAUUGAGGAAGACAAAAAUUCCUACACUCCCUGCCUCAACCAGUUUCCCCAGGAGCUGAAUGUGGGCAAAAUCAGUGCCGAAGUGAUGUGGAACCUGUUUGCCCAGGACAUGAAGUAUGCCAUGGAGGAGCAUGACAAGCAUCGCCUGUGCAAGAGCGCUGACUACAUGAACCUACACUUCAAGGUCAAGUGGCUGUACAAUGAGUAUGUGGCAGAGCUUCCUGCCUUCAAGGACCGUGUGCCUGAAUACCCUGCGUGGUUUGAGCCCUUUGUCAUCCAAUGGUUGGACGAGAAUGAGGAAGUGUCCCGGGAUUUCCUGCACGGGGCCCUGGAACGAGACAAGAAGGAUGGGUUCCAGCAGACCUCAGAGCAUGCCCUAUUCUCCUGCUCCGUGGUGGACGUCUUCUCCCAGCUCAACCAGAGCUUUGAAAUCAUCAAGAAACUCGAGUGCCCUGACCCCCAGAUCGUGGGGCACUAUAUGAGGCGCUUUGCCAAGACCAUCAGUAAUGUGCUCCUCCAGUAUGCGGACAUCAUCUCAAAGGACUUCGCCUCCUACUGCUCCAAGGAGAAGGAGAAAGUGCCCUGCAUCCUCAUGAACAACACUCAGCAGCUCCGAGUGCAGCUAGAGAAGAUGUUCGAAGCCAUGGGAGGGAAGGAGCUGGAUGCUGAGGCCAGUGACAUCUUGAAGGAGCUCCAGGUGAAACUCAACAAUGUCUUGGACGAGCUCAGCCGGGUGUUUGCUACCAGCUUCCAGCCACACAUCGAGGAGUGUGUCAAGCAGAUGGGCGACAUCCUCAGCCAGGUGAAGGGAACUGGCAAUGUGCCAGCCAGUGCCUGCAGCAGCGUGGCCCAGGAUGCUGACAAUGUGCUGCAACCCAUCAUGGACCUGCUGGACAGCAACCUGACUCUCUUUGCCAAAAUCUGUGAGAAGACGGUGCUGAAGAGGGUGCUAAAGGAGUUAUGGAAGCUGGUCAUGAACACCAUGGAGAAGACCAUCGUCCUGCCACCCCUCACUGACCAGACGAUGAUCGGCACCCUCUUGAGAAAACAUGGCAAGGGAUUAGAAAAGGGCAGGGUGAAAUUGCCAAGCCACUCAGAUGGAACCCAGAUGAUCUUCAAUGCAGCCAAAGAGCUGGGUCAGCUGUCUAAACUCAAGGACCACAUGGUACGAGAAGAAGCCAAGAGUUUGACCCCAAAGCAGUGUGCAGUAGUCGAACUGGCCCUGGACACCAUCAAGCAAUACUUCCACGCAGGUGGCGUGGGCCUCAAGAAGACCUUCCUGGAGAAGAGCCCAGACCUGCAGUCCCUGCGCUAUGCCUUGUCCCUCUACACGCAGGCCACGGACCUGCUCAUCAAGACCUUCGUGCAGACGCAAGCGGCCCAGGGCUCGGGUGUGGAAGACCCUGUGGGUGAAGUUUCAGUCCACGUUGAGCUCUUCACUCAUCCAGGAACUGGGGAACACAAGGUCACUGUGAAAGUCGUGGCUGCCAAUGACCUCAAGUGGCAGACUUCUGGCAUUUUCCGGCCAUUCAUCGAGGUCAACAUCAUUGGGCCCCAGCUCAGUGACAAGAAACGAAAGUUUGCAACCAAAUCCAAGAACAACAGCUGGGCCCCCAAGUACAACGAGAGCUUCCAGUUCACGCUGAGCGCCGACGCGGGCCCGGAGUGCUACGAGCUGCAGGUGUGUGUCAAGGACUACUGCUUCGCGCGCGAGGACCGCACGGUGGGGCUGGCCGUACUGCAGCUGCGGGAGCUGGCCCAGCGCGGGAGCGCCGCCUGCUGGCUGCCACUGGGCCGCCGCAUCCAUAUGGACGACACGGGCCUCACGGUGCUGCGCAUCCUGUCACAGCGCAGCAAUGACGAGGUGGCCAAGGAGUUCGUCAAGCUCAAGUCGGACACGCGCUCCGCGGAGGAGGGCGGUGCCGCGCCUGCGCCCUAG